CCAAAAACGUGACAAACAAAACGCUGACUUGUUCAUCCUCUCUUCUUCCUUCCCUCCGUCUCAACUGGCAAUGGUUCCCCAAAAAAUCCCCAAAUCCUUCCCCCAUUUCCCCUAAACCCCAAACCCUAAACCUCUCGCCUCCUCGAUCCCUCUCCCAAAACAUCAAAAUCCCAAAAAAAUUUAGCUUUUUAGUCAAAAUUUCUGAAUAAUUUCAACAGCUGGAGCGCAAAAACUCGGAGAAAAUGUCGUGGCUGAGAUCGGCGGUGAGCAAGGCGGUGGAGGUUGGGAACAAGAACAACCUCACCCGCACCGUCAAGAACUACGCCGACUCCGUCGUCCAGCACGCCGGCCAAGCCGUCGCCGAGGGCACCAAACGGUUCCAGGACCGAAUGGGAGGUCGGAGCUUUAGGAGUGUGAAGAAGAGUAUACAGCGAUUGGAGGAAGCGGCUGUGUCCUGCAGGGGCCCCGAAAGACUUGAGAUACUGAGGAGGUGGGUGCUGCUGCUGAAAGAGGUUGAGAGGCUAAAGCUUUCUCAGGGUUCUGCGGAAAAGAAGGAGAAUGCGCCGGAGCAGCCUGCUGUGGCCAAUGACCCAAACGAGAUUCGAAAAAGAAUCUCUCUGGUUUUGUAUUAUGAUUCUGAUAUUGGUGGCGAACCGAUGAAUUUCCGCGAAGUUUUUCUUCAAAGUCAGGCUUUGGAGGGCAUAACACUGUCCAUGAUUCUUGAAGCUCCAAACGAUGAAGAGGUUGCCCUGCUCAUGGAGAUGUUUAGGCUCUGUCUUACUGGAGGAACAGAAGUUCAUCAUGCAGUAGUGAGCAGUAUACAGGACCUGGCAACAGCUUUUUCAAGCUACAAAGAUGAAGUAUUGGUAAAACGGGAGGAAUUGCUCCAAUUUGCACAAGGUGCAAUUACGGGGUUAAAGAUAAAUGCUGAUGUCGUAAGAAUAGAUGAAGAAGCCUCUAGUCUAAAGAGGAAGCUUGAUGCAACAAAACCACCUCUGAAGCCCUCAAAUGAAGGUCAUGACAAACCAUCAGAAGAAACAAAAUUGGAAACAAUAGAGGCAUUAAAAGAAGCACUUACACAAAUUCGAGCAUGUUCCAGAUUAGAAGGGAUUUUACUGAAGAAGAAAUUGUUCAACAAUGGAGAUUCUCCAGAGAUCCAUGCUCAAAAAGUUGAUAAACUGAAGGUACUAUCAGAAUCUCUUGCUAGCUCCUCUUCAAAAGCUGAAAAUCGUAUUUCAGAUCACAGACUUCAAAAAGAGGAGGCAAUAAAGGUUCGUGUAGCCAGAGCAAGUGAAGUGACUGAAAGAGAGAAGGAAAUAACAGCUGAGAUUUCAGAGAUUGAAAAAGAAAGGGAUGAUCUUGAGGCAAAACUGAAAAAGGUUAAUAUCUCCUUGGCUGCAGCUAAUGCUCGCCUUCGCAAUACCAGGGAAGAGAGAGAACAAUUUGAGGAAGCUAACAAUAAGAUUGUUUCUCACUGCGAAACAAAGGAAGAUGAGCUCUCAAAAUCUAUUGCAUCAUGUAAGGUAGAGGCUGAUAUUCUAAAGACAUGGGUUAAUUUUCUCGAAGAUACUUGGGUUCUCCAGCGCUCAUUUGCAGAUAUGAAGGAGAAGCAGGUCAACGAUGAAUUGGAGAAACAUGAGGACUAUUUUUUGAACUUGGCCAUUGACCAUCUCUCUGCUUACAAGAAGGAGUUGGGGCCUUCUAUCAGCCAUAUUGGGACAUUUGUAGAGAACCUAAAGAAAUUGAGUGAGGGAUCAAAGAUGGCAUCUAGUGCAGAGAAUGAGGAUUCCAAAGUAUUAAAUCCAAUAAAUAAUCUUGAGAAGGAAUAUUUGGACCACGAAACCAAGAUUAUUACCACCUUCAGUGUAGUAGAUAACAUCAAAGAGCAGUUUUAUGGCCAACGAGCCGAAGUUUCAAGGAAAAAUGACCCGAGGGUUAAGGAGCUGUUUAUUGAUAUUGAAAAAUUAAGAGAGCAAUUCGAUGCUAUUGAGAGACCAAAUCUACAACUGGAGAAUCCAGCCCCAAAAGCAGAAACUUCAUCUAGUGAAAUGCUGCAGAGCGAUCCAUCUCACAUCCCAACAGAAAGCACAGGAGCACAGAAAGCAGGGACAAAUAAGCAGUCUGGGUCAGGUGCAGUCAGGGCAGAGCAAACGCUUGACACGGAAGCGGAACUAGCUAAGCUGGAAUCUGAGUUUGGCAAGGUUGGUCAAGACUACUCAGCAGAGGAGAUUAAUGACUGGGAAUUCGAUGAACUUGAAAGGGAAUUCCGUUCUGGUGAUUCAUCAGCCAAAUAGCCCAAUGCUUAUGCUGGCUAGGUGAUCGUUACCUGUGUAUUAUAAGCAUGAUAUAAGACUCUACCUGACCUCCGAAAACUUGCACAUACUUCAAUUUGUAACUUCAUUGUAACAAGUGACGGAUUAUCAAUUUGUUAAUUCUUCCUUGAAUUCUCGAACCAUUAUGUUGUAUUCUGGAAUUACAAAUGAAUGAAUGGUGUAAUUUGGAUGUA